AUGGCUGAGACUGACUACAACUUCGAGGGCUGGAUGGGCCUAGACUCAAGCUCUUGCGAGGGCAAGAUGGUCUGGAAGGAGUUCGAGCCCAAGACCUGGGAGGAGACCGAUAUCGACAUCAAGAUCUCUCACUGCGGUAUUUGCGGAAGCGACUUGCACACUCUGCGCAGUGGCUGGAGACCCAGUCUGUACCCCGUGUGCGUGGGCCACGAGAUCGUCGGAACCGCCGUUCGCGUGGGAUCCAAGGUGACAAACGGCAUCAAGGUCGGUGACCGUGUCGGCGUCGGUGCGCAGAGUGACUCCUGCCUCGGCCGUCAGGGCGAUUGUGAGGAAUGCGCGAUGGGACUGGAACAGUACUGCGGCAAGGGCAUCACCGGCACCUACAACAGCAAGUACCACAACGGCGAUAAGUCGUAUGGCGGUUACGCGACCUACAACCGCGUGCCCUCGCACUUUGCCAUCAAAAUUCCCGAUAGCAUCCCGUCGGCGGCCGCCGCGCCCAUGUUGUGUGGUGGUGUGACAUUGUAUAGCCCGUUGAAGCACAACAACUGUGGCCCGGGCAAGCGCGUCGGCAUCAUCGGUGUUGGUGGUCUCGGCCACUUUGGUGUGCUGUUCGCCAAGGCCAUGGGCGCUGAUCAGGUCGUUGCGAUUUCCCGCAAGACUGCGAAGAGUGAGGAUGCGAUCAAGAUGGGUGCGGAUCUGUAUAUUGCGACGGACGACGAGCCAGACUGGGCGACGAAGCAUGCUCGCUCUCUGGACUUGAUCGUUUGCACUGUGUCUUCCUCCAAGAUGCCCAUGCCCGAGUAUCUGGGCUUGCUUCGCACCAACGGUACCAUGGUGCAGGUUGGUCUGCCUGAUGACGGCACGCUCUAUGCCCCCGUGCGCAACCUGAUCCGCCGUUUGAAGGUUGAGAGCUCCAUGAUAGGCAGCCCCAACGAGAUUCGAGAGAUGUUCGAGCUCGUCGCCCAGAAGAACAUCCAGCCUUGGAUCCAGGAGGUCCCCAUGAAGGAGGCCAACAAGGCCAUUGUGGAUAUGGAGGAUGGUAAAGCACGCUAUCGCUACGUGUUGGUCAACCAGUAA